GUGCGAGGGAGUGAGGGAGGGAGGAAAAUAAACAACAAAAAAUGUCCUCUUCCUCCCCCACCGGGCAGAUUGCAAGUGCGGCGGACAUCAAGCAGGAGAAUGGGAUGGAAAGCGCCUCGGAAGGGCAGGAGGCGCCUCGAGAAGUGGCGGGGGGCGCGGCGGCUGGGCUGAGNNNGGAUCAGGUACAACUCCGCUCGGAACUUCUGGGCAGGCACCAGCACGCCGCGGCCGCCGCCGCGCAGACCACGCUGGCCUUCUCGCCCGACCAUGUCGCCUGCGUGUGCGAGGCGCUGCAGCAGGGGGGCAACCUGGACCGCCUGGCCCGGUUCCUGUGGUCCCUGCCCCAGAGCGACCUGCUACGUGGCAACGAGAGCCUGCUGAAGGCGCGGGCGCUGGUGGCCUUCCACCAGGGCAUCUACCCCGAGCUCUACAGCAUCCUCGAGAGCCACAGCUUCGAGUCGGCCAACCACCCGCUGCUGCAGCAGCUCUGGUACAAGGCGCGCUACACCGAGGCCGAACGAGCCCGCGGCCGGCCGCUGGGCGCCGUGGACAAGUACCGGCUCCGCAGGAAAUUCCCCCUGCCCCGCACCAUCUGGGACGGCGAGGAGACGGUGUAUUGUUUCAAGGAGAAGUCGCGCAACGCGCUCAAGGAGCUCUACAAGCAGAAUCGCUACCCUUCGCCCGCCGAGAAGCGGCACCUGGCCAAGAUCACCGGCCUCUCCCUCACCCAGGUCAGCAACUGGUUCAAGAACCGGCGGCAGCGCGAUCGGAACCCCUCGGAGACCCAGUCCAAAAGUGAGUCAGACGGCAACCCCAGCACUGAAGAUGAAUCCAGCAAGGGUCAUGAGGAUUUGUCUCCCCAUCCACUCUCCAGCUCAUCCGAUGGUGUCACCAGCCUUAGCCUUUCUGGUCACAUGGAGCCAGUGUACAUGCAACAAAUUGGAAAUGCUAAGAUAUUAAGCUCUUCCGGAGUUUUGUUGAAUGGAAGCUUGGUACCUGCAAGUACUUCACCUGUCUUCCUUAAUGGUAAUUCUUUCAUUCAGGGACCUAACGGAGUUAUCCUUAAUGGACUAAAUGUGGGAAAUACACAAACAGUGUCAUUGAACCCACCCAAAAUGGCAUCAAACAUUGUGAGUAAUGGUAUAUCCAUGACUGACAUACUGGGCUCUACCUCCCAGGAUGUGAAGGAAUUCAAAGUCCUCCAGAGUUCUUCAGCUAACUCAGCAGCCACCACCUCCUACAGCCCCAGUGCCCCUGUGUCGUUCCCAGGGCUGAUCCCCAGCACUGAGGUGAAAAGAGAAGGCAUCCAAACAGUGGCUUCCCAGGACGGAGGCUCUGUCGUGACUUUUACUACACCAGUGCAAAUUAAUCAGUAUGGCAUUGUCCAGAUCCCCAAUUCCGGAGCAAACAGCCAGUUUCUUAAUGGGAGCGUUGGAUUCUCUCCACUGCAGCUGCCUCCUGUUUCAGGGGCCGCUUCACAAGGUAAUAUUUCAGUAAAUUCAAGCACUUCAGAUGGGAGCACAUUUACAAGUGAGUCUACCACAGUCCAGCAAGGAAAGGUUUUCUUGAGCUCCCUUGCGCCCAGUGCAGUGGUAUACACUGUUCCUAAUUCAGGCCAGACUAUAGGAUCUGUUAAACAAGAGGGCUUGGAGAGGAGCCUGGUAUUUUCUCAGUUGAUGCCUGUCAAUCAGAAUGCACAAGUAAAUGCAAAUCUGUCCUCUGAAAAUAUCUCGGGGAGUGGCCUCCAUCCACUUGCCUCCUCAUUAGUUAAUGUAUCCCCAACUCACAGUUUUUCCCUGACUCCCCCUACCCUACUAAAUCCCACUGAACUAAACCCUGACAUUGCUGAUAGCCAGCCAAUGUCUGCACCUGUGGCAAGCAAAUCUACUGUGACAUCUGUCAGCAACACUAACUAUGCAACUCUUCAGAACUGCUCCCUUGUUACUGGUCAAGAUCUAUUGUCUGUCCCCAUGACCCAGGCUGCCCUUGGGGAAAUAGUUCCUGCAGUUGAAGAUCAGGUGGGUCACCCCUCCCCAGCGGUACACCAGGAUUUUGUCAGAGAGCAUCGGUUGGUUCUGCAAUCAGUAACUAACAUAAAAGAGAAUUUCUUAAAUUCAGAGAGCAAAACCACAAGCAACUUAAUGAUGCUGGACUCCAAAUCCAAGUAUGUCCUAGAGGGCAUGGUUGAAACUGUUUGUGAAGACCUGGAAACAGACAAAAAAGAGCUUGCCAAGCUCCAAACUGUCCAAUUGGAUGAAGAUAUGCAAGACUUAUAAACUUUAUCCCCCCCCCCCCCUUUUUUUUUCUGGCAUCAGCCAGCAAAUCUUUCCACGAAGCCCUGAGGACAUAAAGCAUUUUCCCAUUUAAAGGGAAACACUAGUUUUGCAAGUAAAUGCAGUCAAGAGACUUUGGAUUGAUCUGCAUGAAGAUCACAGUUAAAUAUACAGGAGUAGAACUGCAUUACUGCAGCCUUUCUUCACAUAUGUUCUCUUUUAAAUAGAUGGAGACAAAGGAACAAGAUGGAAUAUAUCAAGUCAAAGUGUAUCAUUUGGUUGACUUAAUAUAAUUCUGAGGUCAAAUGGAACUUGAUAGUUUUUUAAAUUAAAAAUGUAUGCACCUAACAAAAUUAAGUAUCACUGCAGAGCAUUAGAAACAAUACAAUCCCUUUUGUUUACUUUUACUCCAUGGGCAUUGAUAAGGUUCAGUAGCAUAAACGGUACUCGACACUAUUCUAAGGGUAUAUUUUUGAAUAUUUGCAUUUCUGUUUUUCAGCAUUUUUGUGAAAAUCUUGGUUUGUCUCUACACAUUUCCAAAUGUGAUUGCUAAUAGUUCUGUGUGGCUGAGAAAGUUUGCAACUCCACUAAAAACUCUGAAACAAAUUUCAGUAUGAGUGUAAAUAUAUUAGUCCUAUAAGCAAGGAUUUGAGUAAUUACAGUGAAUUUUAUUUAUGCUGUAUAUGUUUCUCUUAUACUUCAGACACUAUGAACUGAAAAGAAAAAACGUUUUCUUACUGUUUAAUUUAUUUUUAUUGUUUGAACAGGAAGUGAACAUAGUUAUUUCCAACGAAGUUUUACUUUUUGUAGGAUUUUAAAAGUAAUGAUUUUUAUCAGGAAUCUAUUAAGGUCAAUAUUAAUAACACUGAAACAGGAAAUCCAACUCCCAAUAUUGGAAUUUUGGUACCUUUUUUCACAUCGUUCUUUAUUUAGCAGCUCUCUGAUUCAUUUAAAUAUGUUUUAUAUAGAAUUCUAUGUGCCUUUUUACCUUGUGGCCUUUUUAUUAUUCUCACUAAGGUACAGGAGUGUCAACAGAAGCACUGAUGGCUCUUUUCUAUUCUCACAGGGUUAAUUUCACCACAGAAUUGCUUUAAAUUCGAAGAACUUAAGUUUCACUUUUAUUAUCAUGUAUAAUGUUUAUAAUGCAAAUGGAUGAACAACUAAUUAUUGCUAAUGCUUUUCAUUACAAUGAAAAUAACAAGCAUAGACCAUGUAGAAUCAGUUCUGUAGGCUAUGAAAACAACCAAUUUAAAGUAAAGAAAGAGUAUGUAGAGCCUAUUGAGCGGAAUUCCGUCCUGUUGAAACUUAGUUCUAAAUGUUUUGAAUCAGUUGUUACGUUAUGACAUAUGGCUGUUGUUUGCACUAUAUUAUCAUGUCUUUAAAAGUAAAUCUUUUGGGGUUUCUGGAAGAAGCUUGUUGGCUAAUGUGAGCUGUGGUUAUAGUUUUUAUCAGGACUCUGAACACAAGUUGUAAUAAUGCAAAUGCCUUUAUGUAGUGAAUAUAAAGCCUCUGGUCUCUGCAAAGCAAGAAAAGUGGGGAAAUGGUCUCAGGAUGUCACCACAUCUUGCUUGCUUUCAGAUCAGAACAGAGGAUCCACUCUAGAUCACUACAUGUGGAGCAUGCUGAGUAAGGGCCAUAGAGGAUUUAACUUCUGUCGUUACUGCAAAUGGAAGGUGGCAGGCAUAGAUGAAGAGCCCUAUGAAGAAUUCCUCUCCCAUCAUUUUGAUAACUUAGAUCCAAUUUUUUUAUAGAAUUGGGGACUGUUCCUAAACUGCUGAAACUACAUGUUUUUCAUUUGUUUUUUACAAAGUCAGGUAUUCUAAGAGUUCUGUUCCACUCCACCACUACUUAUACGGCUUGUUUUUUCUUUGGGUGUGUGCUGAUCAUGUUACUGAGAUUAGUUACGUGGUGUAGUUUACAUGAAAAUGAUGUUUUCCACUUGAUUGCUGCGGAUAUCAAAAGUUUGUUAAUUAUUUAAAAAUACCCAUCCAAUAAGGGAGGUGGGAAGGUUUUAAAAGUUAUGUAUGUUAUACAUACAUAACUGGAGAAGUUUCCUAUGUCUUCCAAAAAUAUAAUCAGCCUCUUUUAUUCACAGUUCUUCCUCUUUUUUCCCUUAAAGAAAAGAUAGCACAAAACUUAAGACUUACCUAGGAAAUCCAUUCAUACUCCCAACACAAUGUAAUUAUAACCCUACAAUUACUACAGGUAGCUACACAAUAUACCAGGUAAGAAUCAAUGCACAUUAUAAAGAACUUGUUGUUCUUUUCUGUUCUUCCAGUAAAAUACGGGCCAGUUGGUAUAUAGCCCAUAUAUAUGUGAAUGAAAUAAGAUAAACCCCAUGAUCUCCAUGCACAGAAUUGCAAAUGUCUUUUGCAAUACCAAGGGCCAGACUCAGAACCCUUGGAGUUCAUGUGGCAGAACUUCUCUCUUACAUAAACCAAUGCUUGAAGAUGCUGCAAGUGACCCUCUAAUGUUCCCCACAGAGGAAUCAGAAUAGGGGUAAAUGACUCUCCCUGCAAACCCCAACCUCUGUUGCUGGCUGUGGGAUUUUUGGUGUGAGCCUAACUAUGCACUCUUAUCAGCCAGAAUUUGGCAUUUAGCUCUUAGUUACAUCUAGUAAAAGACAGUCUAUUGUUUAAAGAGAAGGUGCAUUUGUUCCUCAAUCAAGCAAGAGCACCUGUGUUGUACUGCUUUAUAGCUCAUGUAUAUUUAUAGUAAUGAAAAGACGAAUUGUACACGUUUCAGUGCCUUUCUUGUGUUACGAAAGGCAGGUAGACACUAUAGCCAUAGAUAAAAAUCCGUAGAUAAAUUGCACACUGACCUUAAAUCACCUUGUAUAUGCCCUUCCAUCUUGCAUGGUAAAAGUUGGAUUAUUGGGCAUGUGUUGCAGCCUGCCCUGCUACAUCUUAGACAAGUGUGCAUUAGUACAUAGCCAGAAGUUCUUCAUUCUUUAAAAUGUUUUUCACAGAUCAUCUCAUCAUAAGAAUAGAAAUAAUUCAGGAAAACUGUGGGGGAAAGAAUUACAUUUUACAAAAGAUGUUUCAAAGCCUUCCUAGAACUUAGAUGAUUAGAGCCUAACAUUUAUUUUGUAUCUAAUUGAUACAUCAUGUUGAUUUAACAUUACAACUAUACAUUUUAUUAAUCAAAAUUAUAUAGCAUGUGACUCUUUUGGCUUUCAGGGUUCUCAAAAAAUUUUAUUCUUUAGUUGCAUGUACUGUAUGUUUAGAGGCAACCAGUUAUAUACUCAAUAUGGUUUUACUGUGCCUUACACAAAGAGAAAAUCUAUACAGAAUGUAUAUCAUGGGAUGGGGUAACAAGAGUCUUUACUGCACUGUUAGGUGAUGGCACACAGAGCAUGUCCCAGAACAUUUCUGUGCUUAAUUACCCAACCAAAGAGAUCUAAAGUAUGUAUGUUGUACUGUAAUAGGGGUUUAUGCCUGGACAAUUAAGUGUUUUAUUUGUUUUCUGAAAUGAUGUGAACUUAUUUUUCUAAACACUAUGCUAAAUAAACUUUAUAUUUAUA